ACCAGUCGAGUUGAAAAUCCCGAUGAUGUUAUCGAGAUAAAAAGUUAAUCUUCCAUUUCUAUCUCGAUAAAGUUAUAUGUGUUUCACCACAUAUUAUCUUUCUCUGAGAAAAUCGAGAUAAGUUUAACUCGAUCUUCUGAAAUUAUCGCGAUUUUCUGUUUGUAAACACCUUUCGUUAUCAAAGUUUGGCUAGAAAUUUCGUAGGCUAUUAUGGCGAGCCAAGGCUGUAAUUUGUCAAAGAAGCAGAGAAAUAAAAAUACAUCGCAGCAGGAGAAAUACAUUCUUUUAGAUUUAGUAACUGAACAUUUCAAUAUCAUUGAAAAUAAAAAAACAGAUGGUGUUUCACAGCAACAAAAAAUGAAGCAGUGGCAAAUACUUGCAGAUACUUUCAAUUGUAUGUCUGGAGAACAUCACAGGACUGCAGAAAAUUUAAAAGCGGUGUGGGAGAAUCUCAAAAAGCACACGCGAAAGACUUCUGCUGAUCAACGAGUUCAAGUAUUAACUGGAACAGGUGGAGGUCCUUCAAAAACAGUUAGUAAGGAUCCCAUUUGUGAGAGAGUGCAGAGCCUAAUCAAACCGACUAUCGAUGGUGCCAAGAAUCCCUUCGAUUCAGAUUCAGAUGCAAUAAUAUUACCAUUUGAUGCAUCAAAUAGGCCUACUGAUGAGGAUGACAGCAUUCAACUGGAUGUCGGAGCAGAAGUGGAUGUUUCUUUCGUGGAGACGGCAGAGACAGUAACUCUUCCAAAUGGCGACUGGACGCAUUAUACUCCAGCCAUGCUCAGCAGUCCUGUGUGUUCUGCCCUUCGACACUCCAAUAACAACUCGGCUAUCACAAACACAGUGCAGACCAAUACUACUGAUUCAUGCAGUGCAAGUAGUGGGAAGGCAAUGCCUCCUAGCAGUAGGGGAAAUGCUUCAGUGCAAUCUCCCUUUACUAGCAAGCGGCGACCAACCCCGGCCACCAAAGUGAAAGAAGUAAGUGCUGUCAAUGCAGCAAAAAUCGAACUAAUUGAACUUGCAAAAAAACAUGCAAUCGAGGAAAAAGAAGUUAUGAAAGAAAUCUGGGAACUGCGGUUACAACAAGAACGAGAAAAAGUAAAGCAGGAAAAGCUGCAAACUGAACUUUUAUCUUUACAAAUCUUGAAAAUAAAGAAAGAACUAGAACAUUUGCAGUAAUUUAAUUGUUCUUAUGUAUUAAACAUUUGCUCAACUAUCAUGACAUAAUUGUUAUAUAUUACAUGUAUAUUUACAAAGUGAUAUUCAUUGUGCCUAUUAACAAACAGUUUCAAGUACAAAUGUUAAGAAUUAUAUAAAAGAUAAUACAUGUUCGCUUAUGUCACAUUAUUUUGUAUGAUCUAAGCAGUUUUACAAUGCAAAUGUAUUAAAAUAUUCCAUACAUCUUGCUAUAUGUAGUUAUUUUCACCAGCAAAUCUUCAAGUUGAUGGCAUCUCUGUGUGACAUAUAGAUCAGUAUGACCUACAACAAACUGAAAAUACACAGAGUGAUAAAUAAUCGUAUCUUAAAUAAGUAUUACAACACACACACACAUAUAUAGGUAUUUAAUUAUAGGUAUAUGUAAAUUUCAUUUACCUCCUGAAAUAGUUUUCA